AAUUUAACUCGAACGGUCUAUAAUUCUCGUAAAACAGAAAAGGGUGAAAAUUUUGGGCAUUAGGUUUCAUAGUGAGAGUUUGGAUUGAAGAAAACAGCCUAAUUUCAAACAUAAACCCUCUUCAGGUUUUCCAUGGCACCCCAGUUGGAAAUUUCAGUUAGAGAACCUGGGGGCUUAACUAUAUGGACUGGACCACCUUUCAACAAUUCAAUACCAAGUGUGAAGCUUGAAAAAAUCCCUUGUAGCAGUGCAAGUUUUUGUGAAAAUGGAGCGAGAAUUAUGGUGAUAAACCCUGGUUCUGGUAUAUGUAUUUAUGAUGCUACAAGUUUUGAGCAAGUCAGGACUUUUGAUGUGGUGGAUACACUUGCAGCUACAUUGUCUCCUUGUGGGACUUAUCUGCAGACUUUUCAGAAACCCGUUAAUCCGAAAAAUGUUACUUUGUGGGAUAUUGGGUCAGGGGAUGCUGUUUAUCAGUUGUUCCAGAAGAAUAUGACCAAGAGUACAUGGCCUUGCAUAAGAUUUAGUUCUGAUGAAGCUGUGGCAUGCCGUUUGGCUACGAAUGAAGUGCAAUUAUUUGAUGCCAUGGAUUUUACGAAAGGGAUUGUGAAGAGGAUUAGAAUUCCUGGUAUUGCUGGAGUAGAAAUUUCUAAGAGACCAGGGUCUCAUGUUGCAGCUUUUGUUCCAGAAUCAAAGGGAAUGCCUGCUAGUGUACAAAUAUUUACAUGUGGAAAGGAUACUCUGAGUGAACCUGUUGCCAGACGUAGUUUCUUCCGAUGUUCAACUGUGCAAUUAAAUUGGAAUCAUGGUUCUACAGGGCUUUUGGUUUUGGUUCAGUCAGAUGUUGAUAAAACUAAUCAGAGUUACUACGGAGAAACAAAGUUAAAUUACUUAACAACAGAUGGGACCCAUGAUGGACUUGUACCUCUUCGUAAAGAAGGUCCUGUGCAUGAUGUUCGUUGGUCAUUUUCGGGAAAGGAAUUUGCUGUUGUUUAUGGGUUUAUGCCUGCAAUGGCAACUAUAUUUGACAAGAAGUGCAAUCCACUACUAGAACUUGGGACAGGCCCAUACAACACCAUCCGGUGGAACCCGAAAGGGAAGUUUUUAUGUUUGGCAGGUUUCGGCAAUUUACCUGGUGAUAUGGUGUUCUGGGACUAUGUUGAGAAAAAGAAGCUUGGAACUACGAAGGCCGAAUGGUCGGUGACAAGUGAAUGGUCUCCAGAUGGAUGCUACUUUCUGACUGCAACAACAGCCCCUAGAAUGCAGGUUGACAACGGAAUAAAAAUAUUCCACUACAAUGGAUCAAUGUAUUUCAGAAAGACGUUUGACAAAUUGUAUCAGGUUGACUGGAAACCUGAAUCAGCUGAUAAGUUUGGUGAGAUUUCGGAACUUGUGGAGUCUAUAGAUUCCUUAAAUGUUGGAGAAGCCAAGACACAAGUCAAAGGACCAAAAUCUUCUCAAACAUCCACGAAAUCUGCAUCCACUAAUCCUCCUGCACAAAAACCUGCAGCAUAUCGCCCACCUCAUGCUAAGAAUGCAGCUGCAGUUCAAGCAGAGCUGUUUGGAGGCGGCCCUUCUGCUGAGCUGAGCAAAAAUGCAUUGAAAAACAAGAAAAAGAGAGAGAAACAGAGGGAAAAAAAGGCUGCUGAAGCUGGUGGCAGUGGUACAUAAUUGAAUCGCUGGCUUGUGAUAUUUGUAUAUUGCUUGCCUGAAUCCCUGUCCUUAUCUGGAUUCUCUUAGGCUUCGGGUUGUCAAGAAAUGACUUGAAACUUCAAAUCCCCUAUGAUGGCCUCAGGCUGUAUCUGGUUUACAUAAAUAUUAUGUCCAGCAGAAUUUUUGAUCUUUCCAUCUUUCUUUGUCUCUUUGCACGAUUACAUUUAAGGAAGGUAAUUGUAAACGCUUGUUUUGUAUUUGUGAAAUUUGUUGCAGUAACUUUUAUUGUUUUACCGAAAAGAGACUAAGUUUGUAACAGUACAUUUAUCGCAACAAGUUGAAAUCAGGAACAAGAUGAGAUAUUUCUGAA